AGUAUUGCUCUGACUUAUCAGCCAAUUACAUGGUAGAAGACACCAAAAAUAACAUCAGAUCUAGCAACGCAAACAAGGGAAUGGUGCGCGACCAGUGGGGAAUGUGGGCAUUGCCAGCAGUAGAGCGCGAACGAGGGAAAGUGGGUGAACAACUUCAGGGCUGAGACCCGCCGCACCCCAGAGGCAGAGGGGAGGAGACGCGACGGCAGGGCGGAGGGGAGAGAGACGUUCAGAGUCACCUCUGCUGGGCUCCGGGAGAGGCCGGGAAAGCUCCGAGGGAGCCUCCAGCGCCCUGGACCCGGGCUGCGGCGGCGGAGGGCAAAGGGUUGGAGCUCGGGCCCAGCGAGCCAGCGCGAUCGGAGGGGCGACAGGGAGGGGAGCUCCCAGCGGUCGCGGCGGGCAGCGCUUCCCGGCCGGGGCGGAGCGUGUCCCCGACAGCGGUCCCAGCCUGCGCGCGCCCGUCCGUGCGCUCCGGGCACCGGCUCCUCGCGCCAGACUUCCGUCCUUCGCGCGCGCUUGCCGCCUUUCUCCCCCGCGCGCGCGUCGCCAAUGGAUGGCAACUCCCUGCUCUCCGUACCGAGCAACUUGGAGUCCCCACUGAUGUACGAGGUCUGCGCACCGCAGCAGGGGAGCACCAGCGGCGGCUGGAGAGGCGGCCUGGGGAGCUCCAUCACAGCGUGUAAGAAGGUUCUUCGAAGCAACAGUCUGCUAGAGUCUACAGACUACUGGUUACAGAAUCAGAGGACGCCAUGCCAGAUUGGGUUUGUGGAAGACAAGUCUGAAAACUGCGCUUCUGUUUGCUUCGUGAACCUGGAUGUGAACAAGGAUGCGUGCAGCACGGAGCACCUGCAGCAGAAAUUGGUCAACGUUUCACCAGAUCUUCCAAAACUUAUCAGCUCCAUGAAUGUCCAGCAGCCAAAAGAAAAUGAAAUUGUUCUUCUAAGUGGGUUAACAUCCGGAAAUCUCCAGGCAGAUUUUGAAGUUUCACAGUGUCCUUGGCUGCCAGAUAUCUGCUUGGUCCAGUGUGCGAGAGGGAACAGGGCCAACAGUACCAACUGCAUCAUCUUUGAAAUCAACAAAUUUUUGAUCGGUCUGGAACUGGUGCAGGAACGGCAGCUCCAGCUGGAAACAAACAUCCUGAAGGUGGAAGAUGACACAAACUGUUCCCUGUCUUCAAUUGAAGAAGACUUUCUCACCGCAUCGGAGCACCUGGAGGAGGAAACUGAGGGGGAAGAAUACAGGAAUGGUUAUGAAAAUAUAAAUGCCUCCGCUCAUGUUUUGGAAAGUAAAAAACCAAAGGAAGUCACUCAGGAGGAAUGGAAUGACAACAAGAAAAAGUUGCUUUAUCCUUCAGAAGACAAAUGCAUUAGCAGAUCUCAUACCACAGUGAUUAAAGCAGAAGGAUCUCUGGAAAAAGUAGAAGGCACCAUUUUACAGAGCCUCGAUUCAUCAGCCGAGCCAUCAGAGUGGACAGGCAAAGCUGUGCAGAAUGAGAAGCCAGCCAGAAAUUACUAUUACUCAGAAAGUUAUAAAGGGCAUGUGGAAAAGUCACAGGCACCAUAUAUUCCAGGGGAUGUUCAUUUCCCUGGGAUGGUUAAGAAAGGUGGGCCUUCCGUGCACGGUACCCUCACUGAGCAUGGCAGCAGCUUAGACCCAGGGGACCCUGAAGACGGCACAAACUCUCUUCCUCCCCACCAAGAUGGAGAGGUCACCGCUGGGGAGUAUGCCACAAAUUUAGCAGAAUCCGUGCUACAGGAUGCGUUUAUUCGGUUAUCUCAGUCGCAGCCUACGCCACCCCAGGAAUCUGCAGUCGGUGUUUCUGUAGGGAGCACUCUGCUACCCAGUGGCUGUUCCACAAAAGGUAUGGUGGUCCCACGGUCAUGGAAUGAGCUCCCCCAAAUCGUCAUCGUUCAGAGUCCAGAUGGCAGCGAUGCUGCCCCUGAGGCAGGCAUCUCCUCGUGGCCUGAGAUGGAAGUCUCUGUUGAAACCUCAGGGGUCCUCUCUGGAGAGAACUCCGGCAGACACCCUCAGAGCGCUCUGGAAGUUGCGUUAGCUUGCGCGGCCACUGUGAUUGGAACUAUUUCCAGUCCACAGGCCACAGAGAGACUUAAAAUGGAGCAAGAAUCUUUGGUUUCACCCCGUCCACUGGGAGGCAGUGACCACCUGCAAAGUCAAAUAUCCCAAGUCCUCAAGGAACCUUCUGUCAGCGAAUACUCCUUUCCAUCUGCCUUGUGUGGCAUGACCCAGGUGGCGAGCGCCAUUGCUGUUUGUGGCCUCGGCGAAUCGGAAGAGGCGAAGGCUCCGAGUGGCCUCUCGUGUGCAACUGAGGCUCAUGCAGCAGUCCCCCCACUCUGCGGUUUGGCGACAGGGAGCAGCAUGGAGCUGGGAAGCGAGGCCAUCGCACAGGUAUUACUCCAGGAGGCUGCGCUGGUUUUAACAAGGCCCGACCCCCACAGCAGCAUCGGAGACCUCAUGGAAUCAGUGAGCAGGAGAAUCCUAGAAACGGCUUCAAAGCCUCAGACCCUGUGCUCAGAAAACGUCCUCAGGAAUGAGCUGGCACAGACCCUCUCCAAUGUUAUUCUGGAGCAUUCCAUUGAUGAAGCUCUCCAGAGAAACAGAACAAUUGAUCCCAAUGUUAGCAGACAUUCAUCUGAGACUCUUGAGACCUUGAUGGAAAGUACAAACCAACUGCUCUUCAGUGUGAUAUGCUUCACAUUCAAGAAGAUGAGGCAUUUUGUACAGCUUGGUGAAUGGCCCACUGUCCUUGCUAAUGAGACCAUCAGAUGGAGGGAAACGGACUUGGGCUGCCAGCCACCUGAUCAGACUGCUAGUCUAGCGUGGACAAGAGCCACCGAACAUUCCAGCGGCCAGCCACUUGGUGGCAAUCCACAGAGUACCAGUCUUGUUACCAAUGAUCUUCUAGAUGACAUUUAUCUGAAGCAAGAUAGGAGGGGCCCAGCAAAGCCAGGCCUCUUCAAGAAUCCCACGCUGCAGUCUGAAUUGCCCUGUAGUCCCAGGGGGCCAGAUUCUUCACCUGCUAAAACACCCCCCAAGGAAAUAGAUCUAAAAGUAACAGUGGGAGAAGAUCCAGACAAGCCUCAUCAGACACCCAGUUACAAUGAGAAUGAGUUCAGAGCCUCUUCAGAGAGAGAGAAGACGCUGACAGUGGGCAAGUACAGCAGAGGUUCCCAGGAUGCCAAGGACAGUGUCAGUAUAAACGCCCAGGAGAAGUAUAAUCAUACCUCACGUCUGAACAGUGAAAUUCAAGUUAACCUGUCUUUGUUAGGGAAUGACUUCCCCCUUCCUGCUCAAUCCACGCUACAGGCAAAACAUGCAGACCUAUACUGCAUUACAGACUUUGCGGAAGAAUUAGCAGAGAUGAUUGUCUCCAUGGCAACCGAAAUCGCAGCAGUUUGCCUUGACAACUCCAAUGGAAAACAACCCUGGUUUUGUGCAUGGAAAAGAGGGAAUGAGUUUCUGGUUACCCCGAACGUAUCCUGCCGAUCCUUGAAGAGGAAGAAGGAAAGCCAGACCAGCGGGGCCACAGUGAGGAAGCACAAACCACCACGGCUCAGCGAGAUCAAGAGGAAAACGGAUGAGCACCCGGAGCUUAAAGAGAAGCUAAUGAACAGGGUGGUGGACGAGUCCGUGAACCUUGAGGACAUCCCGGAUUCGGUCAGUGUUUUUGCAGACGAAGUGGCAGCCAAGAUCAUGAACCUAACAGAGUUCUCCGUGGUGGACGGCGUCUGGCAAGCCCAGAGCUAUCCCCGGAACCGGUUACUCAGUGGAGACAGGUGGAACCGGCUGCAGGCUUCCAGCUGUGAAAGCAUUCCAGAGGAGGACUCCAACGCCAGGGCCUACGUAAGUAGCCUGGGUUUCAUGAGUACCCUAAGUCAGCCAGUUAGCAGGGCCAGCUCUGUCUCCAAGCAGUCCAGCUGCGAGAGCAUCACUGAGGAGUUUUCCAGGUUCAUGGUGAACCAGAUGGAAAAUGAAGGAAGAGGGUUUGAGUUAUUGCUGGAUUACUAUGCAGGCAAGAAUGCCAGCAGCAUCCUGAACUCAGCCGUGCAACAGGCGUGCCGUAAAAAUGAGCACCUCAGCGUGAGGUCAAGCUGUCCCUCUAAGCAGUCCAGCACCGAGAGCAUAACAGAGGAAUUCUACAGGUACAUGCUGAGGGACAUCGAAAGAGAAAACAAGGACAGCACGUCCUCCAGACGAAGCAGCCAGGAUUGGACAGUGGGCCUACUGUCACCUUCUCUGCGAUCCCCCUUGUGUUACAGACAGUCAUCCAUGCCAGAUAGCAGACCCCUGGGUGCCAGGCUAACGGUGAAUGCGCCCAUCAAAGCCAGCUCCUUAGAUGGCUUUACUCAAAACAGCCAGCAAGAUUUCCUAAGUGUACAUCCAGUCAGUAGCACUUCCUCAUCCGGUCUCUGCAAAUCUGACUCUUGCUUGUAUCGCAGAGGUGGAACCGACCAGAUCACCAACAUGUUAAUUCACGAGACGUGGGCAAACUCCAUCAAGGCCCUCAUGCGAAAGAACAAAAUUAUAGCGGAUGAUGCUGAGGCAGCUGAGCCUGUUCCUGGUGGCUCUCCCAGGCACACGGAGAGAUGUGCAAACAGAUCAUCUUCGAGCAGGGCGCAAAGUGGGCCUGGUCUUCUGGCGCAGGAGUCCAUCGAUAACCCGAGGAAAGACUCCAUUACCGAAAGCAAGCAUCCCCCAGUGUCAGCUCGGAGCAAAGCUUUUCCUCUUACAAACCACAAGGGUUUAGAUUCUAAAAAGGAAACGUCUUCAUGCCAUGAGUCUGUCCCUGUAAGCCACAGCAGGUGGUCCCUGUGCGCCAGGGAUGUACCUUUAAUUCAAAUUGAAACAGAUCAGAGAGAAGAGUGUGUUGGAGAACCUGAACACUUCUCUUCCAAAAGCAGCCCCCUAGAGGAAGCAGAGGAGCAUUUGAAAGAUGAAAAAGUCCCCCAUGUGACGAGGGAUGGAGACACUGCCGAGAGUGCCUGCCAAAACCCCAGUGCCGGCCUUGAUGUAGCAGAGGCGGAGGUGUCCGCAGAAGGCAGAGCCCCCGAUGAGUUUCCCAACCUUCCCAGCAGCAGUCGGGAGAGCACGGACAGUUGGUCCCAGCUCACCAACGAGGAGGACAAUCCACAUGAUACCAGUAGCUUUCUUCAGCUCAGCGAGCGAUCCAUGAGCAAUGGCAACAGUAGUGCCACUAACAGUCUUGGCACUGUGGACCUGGACAUUUAUCAGGAAAGCAUGCCAUCUUCUCCCAUGAUUAAUGAAUUAGUAGAAGAAAAGGAGACUCUUAAAGGACAGUCAGAAAACGUAGAGGAAGGCGCCUCUGGAGUGCAGGUGGGAGCGGCCAGUCCCCAGGGGAGCCUGCUGGUGAUCAACUUUGACCUGGAACCAGAGUGCCCUGACGCUGAGCUUCGAGCCACUCUGCAGUGGAUAGCAGCCUCUGAACUUGGGAUCCCCACCAUCUACUUUAAGAAAUCUCAGGAAAACAGAAUCGAAAAGUUUCUAGAUGUCGUGCGGCUGGUUCAGCAGAAGUCUUGGAAAGUGGGAGACAUCUUUCACGCGGUUGUUCAGUACUGCAAAAUGCAUGAAGAGCAGAAGGAGGGGACCCCGAGUCUCUUUGACUGGCUCUUGGGACUGGGAUAGGGCAGCAAUGCCCUUAGAAUAUUCCUUCCCUUUUUCCCAGCUUAGAUUACAGUGGUUUGCUCGAAAUGCUCUAAACCUCCUCAAAACAUCCCAUCACAUUAGCAGAGCUAUACAAAAUCUGCUGUUCAAGUCUGCUGCAGAUCGAAUAAAUCUGAGGAAAAGCAAAACACAGAUCGGUACAAAUCAAGGCAACCUGUGAGCGAGGCCAAAAAAAGCUUGUAUUAGAACCACUGGAAAAGCAGAAAUUUUAAUGGACCCCAAACGAAAAGCUUUUAACUCGGCCCAAACUCCAGGAAAGCUGUACUUAAGUAUUUUUAAUGAUAUAAAAUGACAUGUAAUGUCUCCAAUUAUGUGAAUCAACUGGAAACAAAGUCACUAGUCAAAAUAAUUUUGUAAACUAUGAUGUAACUUUUAUUUUACUUUUUUUGAGCUGAUUAAGGGGCUCUCAGCCCAGGUAAACACUUAAGAUAUGGGUGAGAAAUUUCCAGAAUUUUGAUAUAAAAGAUCUUCACUUUCAGACCAUUAUCAGUGGAUAUUAAGAGAAAUGCAGGAGUCCUAGCGAUGUCCUCUGCCCAGGUGAUUUCAUUGAUUCAUAGCAGCUCACUGGUAAGUAUCUCCUAUCCCCCCAAUAGUGUCUGCAUUCUCAACUAACCAGAAAACUAUUGGUGUUCAGUUGAGAGACAGAAAGACUGAAAAUUGUCUCGUUUCCGUCUCUAUAUUACUUGGGUAACAUGAUCACAGAAUUCUUACCAUAAGGGAAAACUUUACUAUCAAAAAAAAAAAAAAAUCUUUUGAGAUAAAAUCUCCUUGUGUAUUCAAUUAUAUAAAAUAUAAGCAUUCCUUUUAUUUUUAUUGUAAAUUAUGAAGAGAUGAUUACCUUAAAUAAUAUAUGAGUUAGCUUAGAGGUUCAUACAACAUGAGAGGAUUGUCGUCUUAAGUUGUAUCUUGACACUUGAGCUCAGUGGUUUCAUCAUAAAUGCAUUGAUACUGGUAUGGCCGACCUGCUCCCAGGAUGAUAUGGUGACGGGCGCAGGAUUUGACCUAACCCGUUAGGACCGUAGACUCUUCCUGACUCAAACACAUUGGCAUUUAAUUUGGAAAAAAGAAAACCUUAUCCCAUUGAAGUUUUUCAGAAACAGAGCUUUACUCUUUUGAAAAACCGACAUAUCUAACUUCUCCUUAAUAAAUCCUCUUCCCCUUCAACUGACUGAGGUACACCGGCUUUUAUUUUCUUGACCAGAGAAGGUGUUUAUCAAAGAUUUCCUUAAAUAUCUUGCUUUUACUCUAUUUUGAAAAUUUGUGAAGUGAUUUUAAAUGUGAACAAGGCCCCAGGCCGUCAGCGCUGGACUUAUAUGUCAUCCACAGCUUGAAAUGUCAAGAAAGCCUCCAUGGGAGCCGUACCUCCCUCUUCACACAUCACGGAAUCCUCCCCAGAAUUCAUUAGGCACUUGUUACAUCAAUAGUCCCGAUUUAAGAUAUGUGUUCAACUCGUCACAUUAACAAAAUGUCAAAUUGUAAAAUGUAUCCAUUAUCUCAGACUGAAAGCUCUUUGUGCUACUGAACGGAAAAGGAUAGAUUUAUUUUUUAAACCAUCCCAGAAUAUUGUGCGUAGACUUUUUUGUGCCGGAAUGAAUGUUUACUUAUCCUACAAAGCACAAAUACGGGAUCGUUACCAUGUGAUAAAGUUAUACAUGUUGUACCUAAUGUUGCAAACGAAUCAAUAAAUUUUUGUUGCCGAA